CAACGUCUUGCUAGAAUACAUGUAAUAUAGGGACAGCACUACCGUCACCAUGUUCUGGUAUGACUGGAUUUGCACCCCAUGUAUAGCCCUGAAGGUACUUGCUAAGUUGGCAUAGUUGCCCAAGCUCCUUGGAAGGAAGAGUACCUAACUUCGAGACGAGGGUGAUUGUUAGGGGGUCGAUACACAGACUGUCCUUCACCUUCACCCCAAACCAAGAGAUAUGAAAGUCGAAAGACAGCAAAGGAACCCAGACAGAUGGAUGGCCCGUAAAAGGAACCUUGAUACAUCUGAACAGCAGAGCUUUCGACUGACAGUGUUCGUCUCGCCUCGAAAUACCCUCGUAACACUUGAGCAAAUAUGCCGAGCAUUUGAACAAGUAAAUAAAUCUUUCGAGGACAAUAAACAAUACCUACUUCUUCCUUCUUCCUUCUCCACAUCCUUUCCCUCUCUCUACAAACCCAUUAUACUCACAUAUGUAAAAACAACCAAGAAAAACCACCGGCAAGAUGAACCGUCCACGCCACCGCUCGCGAUCCAUUAGCACUACUUUCCCUCUGGUUCAACCAAAGGUACAUUUCGAUCCCCUCACCGUAUCUCCCCUUCCAAUCCACCGAGCCGAUGAUCUCGAAAUGGUUCUCUACCGCCAAGAUAAGCAACGCAAGGAACUCGUCGCCCCCCUGGAAGCCCUCGAGACCUGGCUCAACAACCAGCUCGACCGCGCCGACCGUUGCAAGAGUCUCCGCGAGAACCCAACCAUUCGUGAAUAUCUCGACACCAUGAUCGAGUUUGAGCAGGAGGCCCGCCACCUCCGAACCGCACUGAGCGAGCACCACCUCCUCGAGGAGCACGGCAUGGACGAAGCCACCGCCAGCCUCCACCGCGCGGCCACUGCCCUCCUCGGCGCCGGAUGGUGCGUCUACCGCUUUGUCGAGCUCGGCAUCCUCCACGCCAAGGCCCCGACCGAGGACCGCGAGCUCUUCUGCACGACGCUCGGCAAGAUGGUCGACGUCGGCAAGCUCGUCGCGGAGGUCGACUGCCACCUCUUCUGGCAGCGCGUCCACACUCACUUCGAAGCGUACCUCGACGAGCUCAAGCAGGAGCUCAAGCGCACGUGCUGGGCCGUCGACCGCCUCGACCGCAGCCGCAACCCGGCCUUCGUCGCGCAGCUCGAGGCCGACGAGCUCGCCCUGGGAAAGAACUACAGGAUCCCGGGCUACCUCCGCAACCUGCCGCCCACGACGAUCCCGCGCCUGGACAUAAUGUCCGCCAUGAUGUCCGGCGCUCUGCCCAUCGACAUGACGCCCCCCGCCACGACCCCGUCGACCCUGAGCCUCCCGAACAACCUCACCUGGGCGCAGAACGUCAAAGCGAAGGCGGAGAAAACGCUGGCGAAGAACGCGGCGGCCGAGUCCCGCCUCAAGGACAAGGUGCGGUACCAGGGGCUCAAGAUCCAGGAACGCGCGUUCGGGCGGAAGAAGAGGCCCGAGAAGGCCGUCAAGAUGUGGCAGGACUUCUACGACGAGCUGGAGAGCAAGCCCGGGGUCCCCGCGAUGGAGACGAUUAUGCUUAAGCAUAAGGUCAAGACGGAGCUUAUACUUGCGGAGCGUCGCUUGCAUCAGGGAGAGGAGCAGCAGGAGGAGGAGGAGGAGGAGGAGGAGGAGGAGGAGGAGGGGGAGGAUGGAGGGGAGGACAGCAGUGAUGGUGGCGCUGGUGAGGGGGAGGAAGACGAGCAGCCUCUACUGGGUCGACAUGCGGGUUGAAGUCUGGAAUAUGGGUACGAUAGGUAUUGCAGAAGCUCGAGAAACGUUUUACGCGUCUCAAAGUUACUGUACCACUACUCUACUGCUCGUAUACAUACGAUGGAUGCCUCUUAAGGACUACAUCAACGGUUUACGUUGUUAAUAGUCGCUAAGUAAGGUGUAUAUCGGACAACGUACUAGGUACCAGGCACUGAGCCGUCGAUACACUCUACGGAUGGAUGAUACUGGCAUUGCACUUACUCAUGGAAAUAGGACACCAUGAUGGUAAACACGAUGCUGACAAUUGAGAUUCAUAAUUGAAAAACAAAACACAAAAUUUCGUAGGCUUCGGCCUCCCUUUCCUCUUGACUUCG